GUCAAAGGAGUCAUCUCAGGGGUGACAACGAAUGUUCAUGUUGACUCCCUGAAGAGAAUUCCUGGUGUGAUUGGUACCCGGCAUCUGACCCGUUGGGUGAAUGGAGAAAAAUAAAGUAUUUCAGUCCUGUUGUGUUUUGAUGAAGAGCAAAUACAUACGCGUGUGAAGCUUGUUUUUUUUCUUCCGGAUACGCUGUAAGAGCUUUCGUUCCCAUACCAUUGCAGUGUAAGAAUUUUGAAAUGUUUCAAGUGUGUGCAGACGGACAGAGUAUAUUGAAGAACGGUGUGUAGAAGGAGGGGGGAUGAAGAAGAUUGAGGUAGCAAAAGUUAGCGAGAUAAAUCGAAUCUCCUAUGCGGAGGCGAUUAAAAUAAUUGAGAAAACAAGUGACGGUAGUGGACAGCCUGUGGUAAAUGUUUGAUGCCGGGCAAAAUAUACCCUGUGUGUUAAAACGGUGGAUUUUGUGGCAUUCAUUGCCACAGUUCUAAACUGUUACACACACGUUUCAAAGAAAUUAUUGUGGCUGUGGCAGAAAAGUUUUGGGGAUUUAAGGAUUUUACAUCUGAAGACUUGCUUGGGGUACUGGCGCCGGAAGACCCGCCCUCCCAGGUUCCCCUUGAGCCUGUAGGGAUCAGAUCUGUUUUUUUGUGUGUGUUUUUUUUUACGGAAAAGCUGUUUUGAUUUAGUUUAGUUCAUUUAUUGUGUUGUAGUUUUUGUAUUUCGUUACAUUUUGGGGGAAUCCUGUUUCAACCCCGCACAGUAGGUGGCAGAAUGCACAUUCAAUUGUGCGAUUGCCAAUCUUCCAUAAAAGAAGAAGAAUCCUACCCCGAUCCCUAAGAAGAAGCUCCUGGUUUUAGUGUUACGUCAGAGGGUUUGUUUUGAUCUGCAGUCAGCUGAGGGACCAUCUGUGGCGCUGGCAAAGUGAAGAGGGUGAUGACAUCUUCGUGCUCUAAAUUAAAUAACUGUUGAAGUGAGAAUUGAAAUGCACCAAAAGAGCUCAACUUGGCGAAACAGGUCUGAUUGGGACGUGAAUGAAUGAAUGAAACUAGCACGCUUGAAGAUAGCUAGCUAAUGUAAUGAUUAACUAAACUAGCCCGAGAGGACGCUAGCUAGCUGGAGAGCUACCGUUCACGUUGGUUAGCUGACAGCACUUGAUGUCGUAGCUCGCUCAUCAGCGAACAUCGGAAUUGAAAAUGCUUGACAGAUAUUGACAUGAUCAAUAUAAUGGACUACACUCCAUCUUGUAAUCCAAGGAUGUGACUGGGGAUGGGAGAAAUAACCAUGGAAACGCCUGAGUUACCUCUUGAGAUCGUCACCUACAUCCUAAGUUUCCUCAAAGCAUCAGACAGGAAGGAAGCUUCUCUGGUGUGCUGGAGCUGGUAUGAUGCGAGCCAAGACCUCCAAUUUCAGAGGAAUGACACCUUCAAGUUCCCAGCCUCUAUCUCCUCCCUGGAUCUGAUCCGGGGCCUGAGUAGGCGUUCCCGCUGCAGCCUGGUCAUAAGCCAUCUGGAUGGGUCCAGUAUGUCCCGGGCUGUGCUUCAGGAGAUAGGGCUCCAUCUAGGCCCUCGGCUGGAGAGCCUGGCCCUGCCAGGAAGCAGCGUGACCGAGUCUUCCCUCCUGGCCCUGCUGCCCCACCUGACCGCCCUGCGCAGGCUUGACCUCCGUGGCCUGGACAGCCUCUUCAUGUCUGGAGCCUUCCUGUCCAAAGAAGAGCACCGCCAGCAGGUGGGGGUAGCUUUAGCAGGUCUUGAGGAGCUGGAUCUCUCUGACCUGCGCUAUCUAUCAGAUCUCACCUUCAACCGACUCACAGGCUGCACUCUCAGACUUCGCCGUCUCUCCCUGGCCGGCUGCCACAUCGCCUUUGAGUUUGACCCGUACCGUGGCUGCCCUGUGGGGCCUGACUCCUCUGCCCUGCUCUCCCUACGUAACCUCCGCAGGCUGCUGCAGGAGCAGGCCUCCACCGUGCGGGGGCUGGACCUGAGCAGAACUAGCAUCACCCCAGAGUCACUGCGCUCCGUGGCCCAGGUAGGGGGCCUGUCUCUAGAGGAGCUGCGUCUGCGGGGCUGCAAGGAGCUGACAGACUACUCUGUGGAGGUGCUCUGCAAGCACCAGCCUGGCCUCCGGAUCCUGGACCUCAGCGCCUGUACAGAGCUCACCAGCCGGGCUGUACUGGCUGUGGCCCUGAGCCUGAAGGGCCUCCGGUUCCUCUCUCUGUCCCGGGACUGGAGGAUGACGGAUAAAGGGCUGGCCGACCUGAUGAUGCUGCCGGAGCUGAGGAACCUGGAUCUGUCUGAGUGCCUGCAUGUCAGUGGGGCUGAGAUAGUGAAAGGGCUCUCUGCCCUGGAGCCCAGGGCACGGUUGGAGACACUCAGCUUCAAGAGCUGCACCUAUAUCAGGGAUCUGGCUGUGUUCUCUCUGGCUCGGCUGCUGGGCUCCAGUUUGCGGGAGCUGGACCUCACCUCCUGCGUCUACCUCACAGACCUGAGCGUGCGUGCUAUCGCCACCUACCUUCCCGGGCUGGUGGUGCUGCGACUGGGCUGGUGCAAGGAGAUAACAGACUGGGGGCUGCUGGGCAUGGUGGAGCUCACCAAGGAGUGUGAGCCCAGCAAGGAAAUGGAGGACAAGGGGCCCAGCUUCACCCGUACUUUUGGAAAUAUGGGUUUCUUCCGGCCUCCCAGCAUGCCCUUCCAGGAGAAGCCCCGGCUGGUGACGGACGAGGACCUGGGGGUGUUCAAGGAACAGGACGGGUCCUCACUGCUGGCCCUCAGGAGCCUCCAGGAGCUCGACCUGUCUGCCUGCUCCAAACUCACUGACAGCAGCAUCACACAGGUGCUGCGUUAUCCAGACCUCCAGCGCCUCUCUCUCUCCAUGCUGCCUGAGAUCAGUGAUGACAGCCUGGCGUCGGUGGCCUACCACUGCCGCAGCCUCACCAGCCUGGCACUCAGCCACUGCCCCCAGAUCAGUGACCAGGGUAUCGCCCGCGCCGCCCCCUACCUCGCCAGGCUGCAGCACCUCUAUCUGUCCUGCUGCGACGCAGUCACAGAUAGGUCUCUCUUCAUGCUCGUCCAACACUGUAAGAGAUUGCGGACGCUGGACAUCUCCAUGUGUAAAGACAUUUCCAUAACAACAGUGGACCUCCUCCAAUCCCAGCUGCCCUUCCUAGAGAAUGUCCACUGCCGCUUUGUGGGCGGAGCUGACCUGACCCUCACACUCUGAUAGGGUUCUGACUAGGUGGAAUACAACUAAGACUAGAAGGUACUUUUUCGUACCAGGUUAGGAGAAUGAUGUUGAGGUUCGCUAAAAUGUUCUCCUAACUUGCUACGAAAAGUAACUUCUGGUCGGAGCUGUACUCCAUUUAGUCACAACCGUCUGAUAGGUUGAAUGUCCCCAACAACAAAAAAUGAUCCAGAAACGUUCUGUUUGGUUUACAAUUCAGUACCUGCUCUUCUUAUCCAUAGUUUAUUUGUAUUAGAUCCAGUAAUUAUCUUAGUUUUAACCCCUGUAAACCCUAAUAUGGGGUGUAUGUAUUACUCGGUAAGGACCCAUAUGGCCAGUGUCUUAGACUCAAAUUAAGUCUUUGAUGAAUUAAAAAUCAUUCUCAUUGGAGAAUCUGCAUCUGCAAAUGUCCAUCCCGUGUGGACUAAAAGUCUGUCUAGUCUAGGACCAAGAUUAAUCGGAGUCUGAGAAACCAGCCUUAAGUCCUCCUUCGGUGUAUGCCAGGGGUGAGCAACUGUCGGCAUGCAGGCCCACACAAGAAAAUAAGAACUGUCAGGUGUACUGUUGAACACAGGUUGGUUAGUGGUACCUUAAUUGGGGAGGACGGGCUCAUGCUAAUGGAAUGGUAUCAAACACAUGGUUUCCAGGCGUUUGAUGCUAAUGGAAUGGUAUCAAACACAUGGUUUCCAGGCGUUUGAUGCCAUUCCAUUUGAGUCGUUCCAGCCAUUCCUAUGAGCCGUUCUCCCCUCUACAGCAUCCACUGCUGUUGAGUUAGAAUAAUAGAAUACACAAGGUGCAAUUUCAAAAUGUGGUUGUGCAUCAGUCACUCAAUUAGUUCAUGUCAGCAUUUUUAAAAAUUUUAUUGGUUAGUCUAUGGAUGUGGGUACCCAGAGCCACUGUGGACCCUCAUUCUGUUAUUUUUUGUGGCCCCCCACCCCUAUCGCUGGUGUAAACUGUGCGAUAUAAGGUCACUGUUAAUCUCAAGGUUUGUUUGAUUAGAAUGUGUCUGGUUUAUGGAGCUGAGGGACCAAAUCAGUAGAUGCUGCACAAACCUUUAACUGGCCUAGAAGAUGUGCUCGGAUUUAAAAAGCACCUUGUAGUUGAUCUCAGAACCAGAUCUCGCACGUUCAUUCUUAAAUGGCCACACUGUAGAGAAAUAUUGAUAUCUAUUCAUAUUGUUUAGCUGGCUUAAUAUGUCAUUUUGUAUUCAACUUAAUUUAACACUGCCAUUGAAGGAAGCAAAACUGUUAAUGUUUCUUUUGAAAAUUUAAUAUGUUUCAAUAAAUGUAUGCUUAUCUCUUGCUUAGAAUCAUGAGUACAGUAGGCUUGUUCCUGCUAGGCUUCCGCCAGACCAUAAACCAAGCUAGACAAGGACAAUUUGUAUAAAUCAUAUUUAUUCAUGUCAACCCUGAUCUUAGUAAAGCAUGUUAGGGGUUACCAUGGAGAUUAGGUGUUUUUAACAUGAACAGACAUGCAAUGCAUAGAAAAAUCAGCUCAAACUCCAGCUGAAUUUAUGAUUGUUAGCCGGCUACAAAAACCUAUUAUUAUUCAUUGGCCGAUGAGAUUUGAAAUAUGAAAAGUUAUCAUACUGACAGGACUUGUCUACUGUUGUACAGUAUAUUAGUUCAAUUUGAUGAGGUCAGGAUCAUUCAGUCAUGGAAAUAAAGUACCCUACAAUAUCAA